CACAAGACGCCUUUCCACAGGAAACCAGUAGGUUGUUGGACACAACAGAGUGGACACCCACUUGUGAAGAACCAUGUCCGUGGAGACUUUAGCCACAUUCUGCCUUCUUCUACUCAUAAUCUCAUCGACAGUGGCCCAGGAUUGCCCCCAACCUUGUGCCUGCCCUGCAGACCACCCUCCCUGCCCAGUAGGAACCAGCUUGGUGCUGGAUGGAUGCGGUUGCUGUAAAGUGUGUGCCAGGCAGUUUGGCGAGCCCUGCACCUCGUUGGAGCCCUGUGACCACCACAAGGAGCUCUACUGUGACUACGCACUGCUGAGUGACACUGACACUGGCAUCUGCAUGGCUCAAGAUGGUCAACCAUGUGAUCUGGGUGGCGUCAUCUAUCACAGUGGAGAGUCCUUCCAACCCAGCUGUAAACACCAAUGCGUAUGCAUGAACGGCGAGAUUGGUUGCGUGGCCACAUGUCCCAGUAAGGUCCGGGUGCCCUCCCCUGAUUGUCCAUACCCUCGCUCCAUCCAAAUUCCAGGAAAGUGCUGUGAAGAGUGGGUGUGUGACCAUACGCCACAAGACUACCACUACCAGUCAGUGAUGGGCGAGCCUUCUCAGGUCCAUCCUCUACCCUCCUUACAACCCAUCUCAGGCAUCACUGAAGUAUCCUUUCCUGCGCUAGAAACGGAGAGUCCCAGAGAUAACUGUAUAGUCCAAACAACGGAGUGGAGUGAGUGCUCUGCCACAUGCGGCAUGGGGGUGUCAUCCCGCAUCACCAACGACAACCAUCGCUGUCAGCUGGAAAGACAGACCAGAAUAUGCAUGAUCAGAACCUGCAACAGCCAGCAGGAGAAAGAAAUUAAGAGGGGGAAAAAAUGUGUGCGCACACCGAAGACACAAACAGGGAUGCGGUUCGAACUGUCAGGAUGCUACACCACCAGAACAUACAAACCAAAGUUCUGCGGUGUUUGUACGGACAACCGAUGCUGCUCACCACACAUCACCAUCACUGCCGAGGUGAAGUUCCGAUGCCCGGAGGGAGACGUCUUUAAGAAAAAAAUGAUGUUUAUAAAGACUUGCUCCUGCCACUAUGACUGCCCGCGACCCAACGACAUCUUUCUUGCGUCCAACACGCGGAGGAUGAUCGGAGACUACGACCACAGUAUGUGAUACUGGUCCUGAAAAGCUUUUGCACUCACGUUUCUUUUUGCUUCAACCUGACUCACCUAAAAUGUAAUCUUAAAAGUAGCAUAAAUCAUAAUAAUUCCUUUGAGAUGAUACUCUAGAAAGUACAGUAUUCAACAGAGGACAAUACAGCUGGAAGACCUUUUUAUGACACAGAUUGUAGUGUGGAAGGCAGAAGCUAAAUAGAUGAGUAUUUAGCACACAUCGCCUUAAUAAGUGAAUCUGACAAGGGUUAGCACUGACUUCUAAGCCCCUCGGAAUCUUAAUUCUGCUCAGUGGCCAUGUGGUUACAUUGUCCGCCCUGAGAUCGGUAGGUCGUGAGUUCAAAGC